UCGAGGCGAUCACGAAUCAGAGCCUUACCAUUCCCAAGACACCUUGGUGCUUUGCAUUCAGCAUUCAUCAUUCACAUCGUCCUUGCACAAAAGUCCUGACGACUUUUGACGAGGCUGAAUGUAAAAGGGCGUAAAAGUGUGGGUCAGUGACGUCCAAACCGGCCAUAUCCGUUGGUCUUAAGUACAUUCACAUCCUCAUAAUGUCGCAUCCUUGUACCUGGCAUUCCCUAGGUAUCUUUUAAGCGUCGGUCAGCAGCAGCCAUGUCCAAAGAGAAGCCUGAUCUGCCUUUGCUACGGCCUAUGGGCGUGCUGGAGAGGUACAUGGUCGCACGAAGUCAAUUAGGUGUCUACCAGAAAGUUGCGGUAACGGCACGAUAUCAAUGUCACGACACAAAAGCCCUCAAAUCGAGGUUAUACGCCGCUCUGGCGGUCGUCGUGUCACGGCAUCCUGUUCUCUCGGCUGCAGCCGUCGACGUUGAUUCAAAGAUUCCAUGUUUUGCGAGGCUGCCGUACAUUGACCUCGACCAGGUUGUGUCAUUCAAUGAAAUCGAGACAGUUGACGACGUGGAUGGUAAAUUCCCUACUCUUGACCGGUUCUUGGAACAGGAGCAUACGCGGCAAUGGGAUUUUGGACCGGCGUUGCCGUUGUGGCGGGUCCACGUCUUUCAACAGUUGGGUGAUACUUCACGGUUCAUUCUCUGCUAUUUCUUCCAUCAUGCGCUCGGUGACACGAAGAGCGCGUUGGUCUUUCACGAGGCUGUUGAGGCCGCGUUGAAUGCUGGAUCAGACGCUGAGACGGCAUCGAGGAUACCCACGCCGACGGACUUACCGCUUCUUCCGCCGCUGGAUGACAUCCCCAGGGCAUCUGCGUCCGCCAGCCAAGCUGGUGCCCGAGAGAAUAUGUCCGGCGUAUGGACAGGCGCAGUCCAGUCACUCCCCAUCCAGACCAGACUCCGAUCGCUCUGGCUGUCAACCGAACAAUCGAGACGGUUGGCACAGCAGUGCAAAAAGAACGGUGUAUCUGUCACAGCGGCGCUGCAAACUAUGCUCGCUGCAGCGAUCUUCCAGCAGAUACCGGAAGGAUAUACGACUCUGAAAACGAGCUGUCCUGUUUCGUUACGAGCAUGGCUACCGAGUCCAGUCAGUGCGGAAUCAAUAGGUGUCUUCGUGGACACCUUUCCUGAGAAGUACCAUCGAGGCCCAUUCAGCUGGGAAGAGGCGAAGAGGGCAAAGCAAACAAUUGACAAAGUCAUGCACAAUCGGUGCGGGCAUGGCCUGAUAGAGAACCUGGCGCGUAUUCAGGACGUCAAGGCCGAAGUGGAUGAAAACAUGGGCCAACCCAGAAGGGCUUCAUUGGAGAUGUCGAAUGUGGGGAAGUUGGGACCACUACAGCCGGGGCAGGGCUAUCAGAUCGAGAGUCUCUUGUUCAGUCAGAGUGCCGGGGCCAUGAGCGCAGCUCUCAAGGUCAGCAUCGUGACAGGCAGGGACGGUCGACUUUCCCUUGCUUUCACGUGGCAGGAGGGCGUAAUUGAGGAUGGCUUCGGCGAAAAGGUGAUUGAGGAGUUCGAGAAGAUUUUGAAUGAGAUAUGAAAAAUGAUCGAUUCUCAACUAUUGUACAUAACAAAAGGUUUUGUGUGCAAGUGCUGUGUAGAAUACCUACCGAUGUACGGAGUACAUCUAGGCCAUCACGCAGUUUGGCCG